AUGAACGUUGUGACAUCAUGUUGGGAUAUCCUCUUUAAACGGGCCGAGAAGUCUGGUUUCUCCCCACAGAAGUUGCAGAACUACCAAGCUUGGAGAGAUGCAUUUGCCAUCUGCAACCGCAUUGAGGCCACCAUGAAGGAGGACGGACUGCUGGGUUAUGUGCGACCAACUAGUCGACGCAUAAUUAAAGUACCUUCAAAGAGUGAGCUGCUAGUGUGGGGCCGGACCCGGAAGGGCCCCGGGGGAAAAGACUACUGUGCAAUGAUGGAAGCACUGCCUGGAGACAGCAGCAUGGGAGUGGCUCGGACUUUAACAACGGUAAGAGAUGGCAGAGUCCCUGUGAGGAUUUGUAACCCCCACUCUUAUUGUCUGACCAUAGGCCGAUAUCAGAAGCUUGGCAAACUGCAUUCUGUGGACGAGGCUGACGUGCAUGGGCCGCAGAACUUAAACCUGUCCUUGGGAGAUGAUGGUGUCGUUGAAGUGGCAUUGAUGAGCACAACACCGGAUGAACCCGAGCAGGAACUGCCAAGAGAGGUGAGCAGUCUGGCGGACCGACCAGAUUUAUCCAAACAACAACAAGAAGAGCUACAUGCUCUUCUACUCAAGUGGAAGCAUGUUUUUGCAACAUGA